AACAUGUACCCAUUUACAUAUUUACCCUUAGUGUGGGCCGACUCGGAUUCAUAGUCCAGGCCCGUAUUUGUACAUAUCCAAACCGGUAACCAAGAAGCAGCCGAGCAGACAGAGUCUGAGAGAGGGACUGAAGAUUCAGAGCCGUGAAGAUGGUGAAGAAUGAAAAUUUGAGGGAGCGGUUUUAUGGGUAUACUGUACAGUGUGUAGAAUGCCUCAAGUGGAGGCCCAUUCCCACAAUAAAAGAGUUUGAGGAGAUCCGAGCUAAUGUUUCUGAAGAUCCAUUUACGUGCAAGAAGUUAAAGUUAACAUGUGAUGAUCCAGGUGAUAUGAAACCCGAUUCAUCCAUUAUUUGGGCCUUUGAUGAAGCAGGUGCUCCAAAGACUCCUCCAGGUUUUGAUCGUGAUGGAAUUCUCAGGAAGGAUUGCUCACAAUUGGAUGUUUUUUAUGUCACACCUGAGGGGAUGGAGCUUAGAAAUUCAGCUGAAGUAGCUAUGUUCCUUGAAGAAUAUCCGGAGUACAAGGAAUCAGUUUCUGUAGCAGAUUUCAGCUUCACACCUCUAAAAGUGAUGGCUGAAACUAUACCUGAGGAUUACGAUUAUCUAAGGAGGGUGUGUGUCAAAACAUAGAUUGUCAAACACAGUGGGAAGAAAUGUAUAUGCGACAGACAUUUUCUCCAUGAUUCCAUUGUGGAUUCUGUUAGGGGCUUAGGGGAUUGCCUCAAAAAGUUUAAACUAGUUUGUUGACAGGUCUAUUUGUCGUUUACUUGCGGUGUCCAAGUAAACAACAAAUAUUUAAGCAACUUGGUCCUUUGUUAGCAGUUUUUUUUAUACAAAAAAUAAAAUAAAAAAUUGUCAUCCUUA